AUGAAAGCCUCGACCGGCGACGUCUUCUACUCUUCAAUUAGCCCGGUUCAAUUAGAUCCGGUUACCCCGGUGAAUGGGUUAAAUGAUAAGACAUACAGAAGAGGCAUCGCGCGUCUGAUAGUCCGUGGCCAUACGGGCGACCCAGUGGGGAGGCCCUAUUGGGCAACGAUACAGAAGAAGACCGCCGAAGGAAGGGCGGAUGACAUCAUCAAAACGACUGGCUCCAGCUGGAUGCAGCUUGGCCAUGACAGAGAUACCUAG